GCCCAAACAGAUCAAGCUGCCUUUGACAAACGCGACCAGGCCUAAUGCCAAUCCCACGUUUUAUGCCUAAGGCUGAAUCUGCGUCAACCCUUUUGCCUCCUGUGGUUACAUCCGAGUGAUACAGAUGCGGCCCUGCAUGCCCUCGGCUUAGACAUGCGGAGGUGACCCACCCACCAAUCAAUCAAGAGCUAUAUGACUACUGAGGAGAGACAACACCAUUCUCGGCCGAACCCGGCCGCUGAUAACACUCUUAUCUCACUAUAUAAGGGCAACCGCUCCUCCAACUGCUCCAUCACGCUCCACCUCUGCAGUACAGAAACAAUGGCCGCCACCGCAAAGAUCCCAAUUAUUGACGUUUCCGCCUCGGGCGUGGACCAGAAGGAGAUUGCGCGUCAGCUUGUGGACGCUGCUGAGGAACACGGCUUCAUCUAUAUUCGAAAUCUGGGCCGCGACAUCUCGGCCGGGGACGUUGAUGGCGCAUUUGCCCUCUCGAAAAAGACAUUUGAAUGCCCGGUAGAGGAGAAGCAGAAAUGCACUAUCCAGACCAACAACCGAGGAUGGUCGGGAAUGCACUCCGAGACCCUGGAUCCAAAGAACCAGAAGGUCGGAGACUUCAAAGAAGCCUUCAACUUUGGCGAAUUCACCAAUGGCAAAGCCCAGCAACCUCUUCCCACCCCAAUCCUUACAGAUGAACCCCAAAUCAGCGCCUUUUCGGAUUCUUGCCAUGCCCUCUGUCAAAAACUCCUCUACCUUCUGGGUAUUGGCCUCGGUGUUGAUGACUUCUUCUCUUCCGCCCAUAAAAGGGACAAGGGCGCAUCUGGCUCUAUACUCCGCUUCCUCCGCUACCCACCAGCUGAUUCUACGGCGCAUUCCGAAGACGACAUUCGUGCUGGAGCUCACUCAGACUACGGUUCCGUUACUCUACUCUUCCGCCUAAAGGGCCAAGCAGGCCUUGAGGUGCUUACCAAGGAGAAUGUCUGGGCUCCUGUCCCUGUUUGCCCGCCCGGCACCGAGGAUGACCCUAGCCCGCCGAUUCUCAUCAACAUCGGCGACCUGCUCUCGUACUGGACCAACGGCCUGUUUCGGAGCACGGUUCACCGAGUUGUCUUCCCAACGGACGGGAGUGUGGGUGUAAAGGGCGAGACAAGCAAUGGACCGAGGUACUCCAUGGCAUACUUCUGUCACCCCGUGGGGUCAGCACCACUCGAGCCCGUCCCCAGCGAGCGGGUAAAGAAUUUCUUGCCGUCUGAGGGGACUCCGAAUGCGAACCCAUAUGCCGAGAGGAAGGUCAUGACCGCCGAUGAGCACCUUUUCAUGAGACUCAAGGAAAGUUACGGAGACUUGUAUGAUAAGAAAUGAUAGGUACAAUGCCCUAAGCUUUUAAAACGGGUGCAAUUCGUAAACUAACUC